AGCCACUCCGGCUUCCGUAGCCGUCGACCGAGAAACGAUGGCCGGCUGGUUGUGGCUCCGCUGCCUGUUCGGGCCCAGCCUGCAUCGGAUUCACCGUCCACCUCAGCAGCCCCGACCCGAAGGAAGAGCAGGGAGGCGGGGUUGGGAUUACCUGCCAAGAAGUUUGGAAAGGCACACGGACAACAUCCUCGGUUGGGCCUCAGCGCUGUGGUCCCUGUCCUAUUACAGCUCACCUCUCAUUCUCUGCUAUCUGUAUAGAAAAGGCUAUAUCUGCAGCAGCAAGUUAGUUCCGGUCACUCAGUAUGUCGGCACAGUGCUGGUGUGUUUGCUGGGAGUAGCCUGUCUAAGAGGCUGGGGUCGCUGGAGAAACCCUGAGUAUCUUCAGUUCAUCAGCAUUCUGGAGGAGACCAGGAGGAACCACACGCCCAGCAACAAGAAAAAACUCGCCAGCUAUGACUUUGACUUCUCACACUGGCCGGCAGAUUUCAGUUGGAAAGAAGUCAGCAAUCCGAAGUUGUCUAAGGGGGGCGUCUCGCUGCUGAAGCCGGAGCCCAAACACAGAGGGGCCACAGACAGUCUGCUGAAUUCAGUACGAACACUACCGUGCCACAUCAUUAGCUAUCUUAUAGCUCACUCGUUUGGCCGGAGGAUGCUGUACCCAGGCUCUGUUGGCCUGCUGCAGAAGGCCAUGAGACCCAUGCUGCAACAGGGACAAGCCAGACUUAUUGAGGAGUACGAAGGACAGCGGAACAAGCUGAUAUCGUGUGAUGGAAAUGAGAUCGACACUAUGUUUGUGGACCGGAGGGGAGAAAGAGUACCAAACGGCAAAACUCUGGUGAUCUGCUGUGAGGGGAAUGCAGGCUUCUACGAGGUGGGCUGCAUGAACACUCCACUGGACGGUGGAUACUCAGUUUUGGGCUGGAAUCAUCCAGGCUUUGCGGGCAGUACGGGCGUGCCGUUCCCUCAGAACGAGGCCAACGCCAUGGACGUGGUGAUUCAGUUCGCUGUGCACAAGCUGGGCUUCCAGUUAAACGACAUUGUUGUGUACGCCUGGUCAAUAGGGGGCUUCACAGCUAGCUGGGCGGUGAUGUCGUACCCUGAGAUCCGCGCGCUGGUUCUGGACGCCUCGUUUGAUGACCUCUUGCCUCUGGCCCUGAAGGUCAUGCCGGAGAGUUGGAGGCCGCUGGUGACCCACACAGUCCGGCAGUACAUGAACUUGAACAAUGCAGAGCAGCUUUGCAAGUACCAGGGACCAGUGCUGUUGAUCAGAAGAACCAAAGACGAAAUCAUCACAACCACGGGACCAGAAGACAUCAUGUCCAACAGAGGCAAUGAUCUGCUGCUCAGGCUGCUCCAGCACAGAUAUCCUAAGGUAAUGACAGAGGACAGUCUCCGGGCGGUCAGACAGUGGCUGGCAGCAGGGUCGCAGGUGGAGGAAGAGUCUGUGUACAUUGGGUAUGAGGUUGAUGACGACUGGUGCCUGUCUGUGCUUCAGUCCUAUCAGACCGACCGAGAAACGCCGUUCCCCUGGAGCGUCGGUGAGGACAUGACGGCGGAGGGCAGACGGCAGCUCGCUCUUUUCCUGGCCCGAAAGUACAUGAGGAAUUUUGAGACGACACAUUGCACUCCGCUCCCCAUCUCCGAGUUCCACAUGCCCUGGAAGCUUUAGAGAGUGGAAGAAAGGGAUGGAAAGAGAGAUGAAGACCUCAGAGGAAAUUUGGUGUCAGAAGUUCUGGUUGUUGAGAUCGUGUUUUGUUGGUUGUCUGCAUGGUCCGGUAGUUUUUUUUUUCUUUUUUUAAUUUAAAUUCAGGAUAUUUUUUUUUAAAAUGAUCUGCCUCGGGAAAACUUCUGUUGCAGUUGACCGCUGUUUUUUAAGGUUAUUGAAGAUGAAGACAGUGAAGGUUGGUGCUGCUUGAGAUUCAAGCUGCCUUAGCUUUUGUUCUGAAGGGACUCAGCCAAUCCCUUUUUCUCUCAGUCCAUUUUUUUUUUGUCCUCCGUUUUGUGAGCACUCUUAUGAACCUGAUUCAUACCAUAAAAUAAUGCCCUGAAUGUUAUUGUAUUAAACAUGCAUAAUAAAGCUGUGAGACCUUGUGGUUGGUUAAUGUAAA